AUGGUCAUUGGCAAAGUAUCGCCAGACCGAUCUCAAUUCGUCAAGCAAACGCUUAUACAUUCCCCUAUAUUCACCAACAUAUUCCCAACUUUUAAUGUGGAUAUAUCUAAAAAAUUUAAAGGAUUACCGAAUACUUCGAUAGACGAGAGUGACCAGUACCUUGUACCGAAUGAAGAUUCACAAAUGGAUGCGUUUGAUGAUGAUGACGAUGAUGAUUUCUCGAUGAUAGGCAGAUCAGUUAGCGCAGGAGAAACUAGCAACUCCGGAACUGAUCAAAUCAAGAUAGACAAAGUGGAGCCAGAAUUGGUUACCAUUAAAAUAAUUGUAAAGAUAACAUCUAUUCUAGUUAAUAACAUAGAAUAUUCAUUCCCUGCUCCAAUUAGAUCCUCAUGUAUGGUCAACGGAGUCAAAGACAAUGAAACCGGUAGAUUUGGAGAGGAUUCCAUCUUGAUAUCGUUAAAGUCAGGGUUCUUGUUUUUAAUCCGUGUUUUUUUGGUACCAAGAGAGUACACUGAUAAGUAUUACGGAAAGGAAUGGGACGCUAAGUCUAAUCAAAACCUAAUUUACAAGCCAUUUAUUCUCCAAUGGUGGGACACUGGCAGUAAUUUGCAAAUGCCUUCAUUGGAUUCUUCAGGAUUCCAACUCAUUUCACAUUCCUCAGGAAAGUCAACGGUAUCUGCAUCAGCCAGUAAUGUAUUCAGAAUUUACAAUAGCCAAUCCACCGAAGCAGGGAUACUCUUUGGACCGCAUACUAAUGUUCCCGUAGAUGGUAUCAUUCUAAACUCUUGCUUUGCGGAACCUUUGCCUGAUUGUAUUGAUGAAAAUCAUAUUAUGUUUCUAGCCUUGAUAUUCACUGAAAACAGAAGACUCGAAUUGAAUCUAUUUGAAUGGAUUGCAAAGGAGCUGACCUCUCCACUAAACUUAACGAAAAAGGUUUUACCUUUGAAUAAUAGUUUCCCUAUUCCCAUUUUCAUUAUACCACUAAGAAAAAAUACGUCAUUCUUAUUUGUUUCAGAGCUGGAUUUGACUGUCAUUUCUAUUCAUCAAAUCAUUUCUGUUGAAUUCGACUUCCUUGUUGCAUCAAUUGAACAAAUAUCAUUCCCAACAGCGUUUUAUAUUCCCUUUUCCAAUAUCUCGCACGUCACUGACGAUAGCAUUGAUGAAGUGAUUCUUUCAACCGAUGCAGGUUGCAUUUAUUCCGUACUAAUAAACAAAAAUGAAGAAAUAACAAUAAAUUUAAUUGCGAGGAUUUCAGAUCCAGUAUCUGUCUUUGCAAUAGAGAGAGUGGGAAAAGAGUACAGCAUAAUAUUUGGGAGUGACACAGGUUCGAAUAGGGAAGUCAUCAUUGGUGAAUUAUUUGAUGAAGAUAUCAAACUCAUCAAUACGAACAACAAGAAAUACAGUAAGACAAGAUUAAUCACCGAUUAUAAGAAUUGGGCACCUUUAUUGGAUGUACUGAUCAUAGAUUCAUUUAAACUGAGGAAUUUAACGAGCUACAUAGAUCAAGAAUUGUGGACUUUAGCUGGAAUUGGGAAAAGAACAAGACUUACUCAAUUAAGAAGUGGAUAUAAUGCUGAAAGAAUGGGAAAGGUAUUCUCCAAAUUAAGAAAGGCAGAGAAGAUUUUUGUUCAAGAAGUAGAUGAUCGAAUAUUCUUCUUGCUCUCCUACUCGUUUCAUACCAAAAUCUUUGAAUAUUUUGAUGAUGCUGAAGAUGAAGAUGAAUUGUUAAUAGACUUGGAUGAUAUGGAGGGAGAAGACAAGAUUAACUUGAUACUAGAUGAGGCAACCAUGUCGAGUUCAAAAAUCACGAAUUCAGUUAGCGUUCAGAUCACUACUAAUACUGUAUGCAUCACAAACUCAAUACAGGAGCCUCUAGUAAAAAGCUUCGAUAAAAAGCUUAUAUUCGCUGAUAUAAUUGACUCUCAUAUACUAUUAGUGACAGAGAUUGAGAAUCAAGAGGAAGAUAGAAUUCAAACUGUUCUAGAACUAAUGGAAGUAGCGAGUGAGAUGGCUGAUUUCAGUAAAGUCACAGAUAUAACACAAAUAUUGAAAUUGAUCUGGACAAUUGAACUAAACGAGGAGCCUUCCAUGGCUAAAUUUUUUAAAGUUGACAAAGAGAUAUUUAUUGCGAUAGGUAAUUUUGAUGGAACUAUAGAAGUAAAAGGGGCAUUGAAUCCUACUUUCAACAAAAAAAUAUAUUUGUGCUCUUUCAACCCAUACCACCAAGGCUUUGCUUCUGGAUGUGAAAAUCUUAACAUCCCUCAUGACAUAUUUGUUCAUAGGGUGCAAAAUCUGAACCAGUUUAGUAUUGGAACAAAGGACGGAUACCUUAUUAAUGUGUCAUUUUCGUUGGAAGCGGAUCAGCCGAUGGAGGUUAAUUGCUCUCAAUUCCUAAAAGUAAGUGAUACUGCGGUAGAAUUCUGUGAGAUCGAAGAAGACCCAAUGAUGUAUUUCAUAAUUUCAAGAAACUUAUGGCUAGUUAACUUAUACCAGUCUAUUUAUCCUCAAAAAGUCUUUUUCAAUGAAACAACCGACAGAGCCACCUAUUCUAUGAUUCAACUAAAGCUUCCACUGUUCAUUCUGAAUGAUGAAAAUAGCAAAAUACUUACAUCGACAAUGAAAUACUUCGGGUUUUUACGAGAAGAUGGUGUGAGCGUAGGUAUUGUUCAUACCGCAUCUAGAAUGCCAAACAUGAAGCAUUUAAUAAUUGGAGAAUUUGCCAAAAAAAUGAUGUACGUUCCAUUCGUGUCAUCCUUCAUGGUACUUUGUGAAUCCAAGAAUCCAAAUUCUAGGCUCAAGUUUAUUGAUAGGAAGCUGUUAAAACCCUUGAAACACAUUGAAUACAACAAAAAUAAGCUUGUAGAUUUCAUAAUUGGCGAAGAUGAAAUUCCCACGGCAAUGAGUAUAUGGUCGAUUCAAAGACAAGAUCAAAGGACUUCCAAAAAGCUUUUGAUUGCCUUCAGUACGGAUGGUAACACUAAGGGGUUAAUGAAAAUUAUAGACAUAUCCUCUAAUGCAAACAAUGAAGCGCCACCGACAAUAGUUGUUACUGAAUUGAACUCUUUUGAAUGGAAAGAGCCAAUUACAUGUAUAAACCAAAUUGAAGAUUCUAUAAUCUUUGCGAGUGGAAGCUCUAUAAAUUCUACGAGCUAUAACAUCGCAGAAAGAAAGCUUAACAAUAUUGUUGUACUAGUAAAGCUAUCAAGUAAAGUGAUAUCAAUUUCGACUAAUAAAGAGACCAGUGAAGUAUUGGUCACGACAAAUUUUGAUUCCAUUUACAAAUUCAAAUACCUGAGUGGACUUGGUAUUGAAAAAUUACAAUUGACGGCAAAAGAUCCUUCUCCUAAGAGCUUAGUCAACGAAACUGAAUUAGUUGGUGGAGAGAUCGUAGUUGCCGAUAAGCUCCAUUCCUCUGUUGUAGUCAUGGAUCAGAAGGAUGAAGUAUUGCAAAAGUUAUUUAAUAUUAGAAUGUCAUGUAUUCCAAGGGUAUACCGUGGAACUUUCAAAAAUAUAUGGGAAAGCGAAAAAACAGACGAUUAUCAUAGUGAUAUAUUGAAUGGUGAAACAGAUCCUAAACAGGACGAGUUGGCAGAAGAUUAUCAUUCAAAUGGAAGUAUCAUCAGUGUUGGUGUUAAUGGCGAAAUAACUACUUUACGAAAGUUGGAAAACCAUUCAAAUACCCCUUCAGUUGAAAACUUAAACUUACCUUUUGCAGACAAGUUAAACGGGAAAGGGUUGUUUUCAUUAUACAAGCCAUUCUUCAACUAUAGAGAAAAUAAAGGUUCCAUAAUUGAUCUUGAUUUGGACUCGAUAUCAAGUAUUAGCUCCAUAAAUCUUAGCAUUUGA